UUGUAUUUUAUUUGGUUAUUUUAGUAAAACAGAUCUCAGAACAGUUUCACCUCAUCUUCAGGAAUAUGUUCACAUCCCCAGCAGGACAGAAACAGCCCACACUGUGUUUAUCCACACAUUUGUGGCAGGUUUAGGCAGGUGAGGGCUUUAGGUCAGUACUAGAAACUGGCAUCAAGGAGACAAAGGAGAAACACCAGGAGAGCCUGGAGACCCCAACACCAACAGCACACGUCCUGGGAAUUACACUUUACAAUUCAGAAGAAGUUUGUGUGAAGAAUUUCUCUCAGCUGUUCUUGACACAGAAGCUCAGGUGUUUUAAAGCACUUCUGCACCUGUUAAUGUUUUAAAGUUUAAAGCUUAAAGUGACAAAUCUGGCUGUGCUAACCAGGUUUAAUAAGCUGUUUCCUUGGCAGUUAGUGGAAUCACCACAUGGAUGUGUUUUCUUCAGGUUUCCAGAGGGCGUCCUUGUUCUGGAUUUUACUCGUCAGCUCAUCCCAAACCUCGGCUGAUGAUGUCUUCAGCCCUUGAAGACUGUCGUGUAAAAUGACGUGCAGAAGAACAUCAGUCAGAGCUGCAGCUGUGCUGAUGAUACUUGUGAUGAAUGUCUUCAGAGGACACUCCCUCACAUGUCGUCGAUUAGAGUAUCAGAUGGGGAAUAGAUGCUGUCCCAUGUGUCCCCUUGGAUUUCGAGUUGACACAUACUGCACUGAGUACAGAAGUACUUCCUGUCUGCGUUGCACUGAGGGAACCUUCAUGAAUCAUCAUACUGACCUUCCACAAUGUUACACAUGUACAAGCUGUGAUGCAGCUUCUGGUUUGAAAUUAAAAACUUCAUGUACAGCAACAUCAGAUGCUGUGUGUGAGCCACUGGAGGGAUUCUACUGCAUGGACUCUGCAGAGGAGGGCUGUAAGGCAGCAGAGAAACACUCAAGCUGUCAGCCAGGACAGUACAUCAGUCAGAGAGGAACAGCAUUAAGAGACACUGAGUGCUCUGACUGCAGUGAGGGAACAUAUUCUGAUGGAACAUUUCCAUCCUGUCAGCCACACACACAAUGUGAAUCAGAGCAUCGUCAGCUGAUAAAAGCAGGGACUGUUUCAACUGAUGCUGAAUGUGGAGAGCAAAGUUCAGUCAGCAGAGGAUUUGUGGCCAGCGUUAGUGUGCUUGUAUUUCUUAUAGCAGCUGCAGCAGUUGCAGCAGUUGCAUGGUAUGGUUCAUGUUUACACAAUAAAAAUAUGAAAAUGUUUUUGAUGGAUAAUAUUGUCUUUCACAUCAUGAAGUUAUUAAUUCUGGUCUUUUUCAUCAAUAAUAUUUUAUUACAGGAAGAAGAAAAAGCAACACAGAGAAGAACACGCGCAGCUGAAUCAGUGGUGAUGAUUCAACAGCCAUUGUAACAGCAGCAGGUAAGACAGCAGUGUGUCCUUCAUUAAAGUGUCCAUCAGCUGUCCAGCUGAGCAGCGUUCUGUGGUGUGUUUAUGUGCAAAGUGUUGCUGUUUCAGCUCAAUAUUUUCCUCUCCUUAGGAUGCAACAGUUCAUGUGUAAACAUGCAGACUGUUUUGGACACUGCAGAGGAAAUGUUGUCUACAAUCCAGUUAUAUUCUUGUUAUAAUCAUGAUGGGACAUUGUCUUUGCAGUGCACAGAAAUGAAUCCAGCAGAUCCCUGAGGAGGAAAGUCUCAGUCAGAGUGUUUCUGUGAUGAAUUCCAGUAGGUCAUCUUCAUGUUGCUGUACGUGAUCUCCUGUGGGGGCCACACAGAGCUCACAGGGGGACCUGAACAUCAGACAGACUGAAAACUUUAACUAAAAAAAGCCCAGGUGAGUUCAGGUGCAGGAGAAAAGCAGCAAAUAGUCAGAAGAGUCCAUGUGCUGAAUAUUCCAAGUUCACAAGACAUCAUAUUGGUAUGCAGUUUGUGUACUGAAGCCCCACAGGGCUGUGAGCUGACACAUGACACAUAAUGUUUAGUCCACACAUGGUUGAACUUUAAUUGUUUGUGAACUCAGCUGUUACUCAGUGUGUGGAAUGGCCUCCCCUGUCCCACUGUCUCCUAAUCACACAGUGUGGGUAUGUCUCUGUCUCUGUCUCUGGUCGUUUUUACUGCUCCGUCAGAAGCUGAUCCAGUUAGCUCCUCUGUUGUAUCUUUUAAAAUCUUAGUCCAUAUUUAACUGACUGUGACCUUUGAUGAACUGUCCAGCAACAGGUUUUGUGAAGCUGUGAUUUGGAAUAUUUCACACAACAGAAAGGAUGACAUUAGCGCUGCAUGAUGUUAACCACUGACUGUAGUGAUGUCUGUGUUUUAUGUAUUUAUUUGUCUUCAUAUCGUAUGCGUCAGUGGAGUGAUCAGCUCUGAGUAUCACAUAGAAAUUCCCUCUCCAUUGCGGGAGGUGCACUUUGGCACAGUAGAUGGCGCUGUCUUCCUGUAACGUUGUCAAAGCUCCUAGACCAGAGGGUGUGUCCCCCUCCACCCUGAGACACUGUGUGGACGAGCUGACUCCAGUGUUCAGACAUUUUCAACACCUCUCUGGAGUCAUGCCAUGUGCCAGUCUGCUUCAAAGCCUCCACCAUAGUUCCA